UAAACAUUUUGUAAUGUAUUUACAUCUUUGAGGACGUUUUCAUAGGUAACUAAUGACAAACCAAUGAUGUAUUGAUAUGUUUAGGCCAAAGCUAUCCAAUCUACGGUACACUGUAUAUUAAUUAUUUGUGCGGGAAUGGGGUGUAUAGUAGCAGCACUUAUGCCUGUAUUGCAGUGACAGUUGAACACACCAUUUACCUGUUGAAUGCAUUGAAUACAUUGAAUACAUUGAAUACAUUGAAUACAUUGAAUAACUUUGUAAAGUUGUAUAUUAGAGGGUAUAUACAGUACACCAAUACAGGUAACCAAUAGGUAUAUCAAAGUAUUGUGUGUCUCUCACCACUCAUACAUUUGUCACAACAUUACUGACUCGACUCACUUAAUGUUUGCCAACAAUCUCUCUAAAAAUGUCUUAAAUAAAUUUAAUUUAAAUCAUUAAAUGAUUUAAACUAAUAUUUAUUUAAAAAACAAUUUAUAAUAUCUGCAAAUUUGUUUCAAGUGUCGCAAACUUUAUACUAAUUUUACAUUCAGUUAAUACAUUGAAUAAGGUUUGUACUCAAGAGUUGAUCGCCAUUUCAUUUGCAAGUUUUGAUUUUCAAACAAAUAACACAUAAAUGAGUUCAAAUAAGAAGAUCUGAAUCAAUUGAUAAGCUAUGGUUAUCGUCACUCGAGGAGAUUACAUAUGGAUUGAACCGCAAUCCAAACGUGAGUUUGACGUCGCGAUCGGCGCCCGAGUUAUUGCUGCAGAAGGAAGACGUAUUCAAGUGAAGGACGACGACGGAAAGGAACAAUGGCUAACUCCAGAGCGUCGCAUAAAAGCCAUGCAUCCGACGUCCAUCCAAGGCGUCGAAGAUAUGAUAUCAUUGGGUGACUUACAUGAGGCCGGAAUACUUAGAAAUCUAUUGAUUAGAUAUAAUGAAAAUGUCAUUUAUACUUAUACGGGAUCUAUAUUGGUUGCGGUUAAUCCGUACCAAAUACUUCCCAUAUAUACAGUGGAACAGAUUAAACUUUACAAAGACCGCAAAAUCGGUGAAUUACCGCCACAUAUCUUUGCCAUCGGAGACAAUGCCUACAACAAUAUGAAACGUUAUCGACAGGACCAGUGUAUUAUCAUAAGUGGCGAGAGUGGCGCCGGAAAAACAGAAUCGACAAAAUUAAUUCUCCAAUUUUUAGCCGCUAUUAGUGGUCAGCAUUCUUGGAUUGAACAACAGAUACUUGAGGCCAACCCUAUAUUAGAAGCAUUUGGAAAUGCAAAGACUAUCAGAAAUGACAACUCCAGUCGUUUUGGUAAAUAUAUAGACAUUCAUUUCAACAAACAGGGAGUGAUUGAAGGGGCAAAAAUUGAUCAGUACUUACUCGAGAAAUCAAGAAUCGUUGGUCAGGCAAAUGAUGAACGAAAUUACCACAUCUUUUACUGUCUAUUGGCCGGAAUGGGCAAAGAAGAGAAAUUAAAGCUUGAACUACAGGAUGCCUCAAAAUUUUAUUAUCUCACUCAGGGGGGGACCAUCACCUGUGAAGGCAGGAAUGAUGCCGCAGAGUUUGCUGAUAUCAGAUCAGCUAUGAAAGUACUAAUGUUUUCCGAUCCGGAAAUUUGGGAAAUAUUAAAGAUAUUGAGCGCACUCUUGCAUUUAGGAAAUAUCAAGUUUAGAGCAACUGUAAUCGAUAAUUUAGACGCCACUGAAAUUACUAACACAGGAAGUGCUGGCAGUUCAUCAAAAUUAUUAGAAGUAAAUCAGCAGCACUUGAUUGAUGCCCUGACCACCCGUACCAUCUUUGCACACGGAGAUACUGUUGUGUCGACUAUGAGUUCUGAACAAUCACUUGAUGUAAGGGAUGCUUUUGUCAAAGGAAUUUAUGGCCGAAUGUUUGUAUGGAUUGUAAAUAAGAUUAAUUCAGCCAUUUAUAAGCCAAAAGGUUCUGUCAGUCACUUUCGGUCAUCAAUAGGAGUACUCGAUAUAUUUGGUUUUGAAAAUUUUAAUAUUAAUAGUUUUGAACAAUUUUGCAUAAACUAUGCAAAUGAAAACUUACAACAAUUUUUUGUGAGACAUAUAUUCAAACUGGAACAGGAAGAGUAUAAUAUUGAGACAAUCAAUUGGCAACACAUAGAGUUUGUUGACAAUCAGGAGGCACUCGACUUGAUUGCCGCUAAACCUAUGAAUAUAAUGGCAUUGAUUGAUGAAGAGAGCAAAUUCCCGAAAGGAACCGAUACUACAUUACUUAAUAAACUUCAUAAAACUCACGGCUCUAAUGGCAACUAUUUAAAGCCAAAGUCAGAUAUUAACCAAUCAUUUGGAUUAAAUCAUUUCGCAGGAAUUGUUUUCUAUGAUACAAGAGGUUUUCUUGAGAAAAAUAGAGAUACAUUUAACGCUGAUUUGAUUCAAUUGAUUCAAGUCAGCAAAAAUAAGUUCCUUCAGAAUCUUUUUGCUCACGAUUUCGGAAUGGGUAACGACACCAGAAAGAAAGCACCGACACUGAGUGCACAGUUCAAGAAGUCAUUAGAUUCACUUAUGAAACAAUUAAGUCAAUGCCACCCUUUCUUUAUUAGAUGUAUUAAACCAAAUGAAACUAAAAAACCUAUGAUGUUUGAUCGGUAUUUGUGUUGUAAACAACUACGAUAUUCAGGAAUGAUGGAAACAAUUCGUAUCCGAAGAGCUGGUUAUCCCAUUAGACAUACAUUUAUGGAAUUCAUAGAUCGCUACCGAUUUUUAUUGUCUGGUAUCGGACCGUCACAUAAAGUACCAGAUUGUAGGGCUUUAACACAACGAAUCUGUGCCACAGUUCUCGGCAAAGUUGACUAUCAAUUAGGAAAAUCUAAAGUUUUUCUAAAAGAUGCACACGACUUGUUUCUUGAACAGGAAAGGGAUAGAGUUUUGACCAAAAAAAUAUUGACUCUUCAGAGAGCUAUAAAAGGCUGGUAUUAUAGAAGACGUUUCUUAAGAAUGAGAAAUAACACAAUUAUUAUCCAACGAUAUUGGAAGGGAUAUAUCCAACGAAAAAAAUAUAAAGCGAUGCGUUUGGGUUAUCUAAGACUUCAAGCAUUCAUUCGGUCUCGAGUUUUGACCCAUCGAUUCAAACAUCUUCGCCGUCAUAUCGUGUCUUUACAAGCAGUUUGUCGCGGAUUUCUCGUCCGUAGAGAAUAUCAACGAAGACAUCGCGCGGCUCUUAAGAUACAAGCUUUUAUUAGAGGAGCCAUUGCUCGCAAAAAGUAUAUUAAACUUCGAAAUGAAAACAAAAGUUAUUUGGAAGCACUUCGUCUUAAAGAUCAAGAAGAAUCUCUUCUUAGAAAACAAAUGAACCCAAAAAAGGCCAAAGAAAUUGCUGAACAAAAAUAUUUCGAAAGAAUGAAAGAAUUCGAGUCUAAGAAAAUAGAAGAAGAAAUUGAAGAAAAACGUCAAAUUGAAGAGAAAAAGGCUGUCAUUACUGAUGCCGUCCACCGACAGGACGAAGUGUUAGACGACUCAAAACUUGUUGACGCGAUGUUUGAUUUUCUUCCGCGAACUGAUAACAUUACCGAACAUAACGGUCCCUCAGCUUUUAGAGAUCUUGAGAGACCUAACGGUGACCUAAAUAUUGAUUUAAUCGAAAGCGAAGAAAUGGUUCCUCCAGUUCCUGAUGAAGAAUUGGAAGAUUUAUCUGAAUAUAAGUUUCAGAAAUUUGCCACAACUUAUUUUCAGGGAAAUGUCGGACAUCAGUAUCAACGGAAACCACUUAAACAACCACUUAUACCUCUUCAGACUCAAGGAGAUUGCAUGGCCUCAAUAGCUCUUUGGAUUACAGUUUUACGUUUUAUGGGAGACCUAACUGAACCAAAGUUUCAUACAAUGGGAAGAGAUAACACAUCAGUGAUGAGUAAAGUAACGGCAACUUUAGGCAGAAAUUUUAUAAAGAGUAAAGAAUUUCAAGAAUCACAACUAUUGGGUCUUGAAUUGGAGAUGGCAGAGAGUAAACCAACCAAAUCGCGUUCAAUCCGUAAUAAAUUGGUUUCACUGACACUUAAAAAGAAGAAUAAGUUGAGUGAAGACGUGAGACGUCGUCUACAGGACGAUGACAUCGCUGCCGACACUUAUAGUUCAUGGCUUGAGUCGAGACCGACAUCUAAUCUCGAAAAAUUGCAUUUCAUUAUUGGACACGGAAUACUCAGAGACGAAUUGAGAGAUGAAAUAUAUUGUCAAAUAUGUAAACAAUUGACAAACAAUACGAGUAAAAGUUCUCACGCGAGGGGAUGGAUAUUAUUAUCACUCUGUGUCGGAUGUUUUGCGCCGUCAGAAAAGUUUGUUAAAUACUUAUUGAACUUUAUAAGAGAGGGCCCACCAGGUUAUGCACCCUAUUGUGAGGAUAGGUUGAGACGAACAUUUAGGAAUGGGACUCGAGGUCAGCCCCCGUCGUGGCUGGAACUUCAAGCAACUAAAUCCAAGAAGCCAUUGAUGCUUCCGAUUACUUUUAUGGACGGAAACACCAAAACAUUGUUAGCAGACUCGGCCACAACUGCUCGCGAAUUAUGCGCUCAAUUGUCUGAGAAAAUCAAUUUGAAAGAUCAGUUUGGCUUUUCAUUAUAUAUCGCACUCUUCGAUAAAGUGUCAUCACUUGGAAGUGGUGGCGAACAUGUAAUGGAUGCCAUUUCUCAAUGUGAACAGUAUGCCAAAGAACAGGGAGCUCAAGAGCGCAAUGCUCCCUGGAGACUGUUCUUUCGUAAAGAGAUUUUCGCCCCCUGGCACGACCCCACUGAUGAUGCCGUCGCUACUAAUCUUAUAUACCAACAGGUAGUAAGAGGUGUCAAAUUUGGUGAAUACCGGUGCGAAAAGGAGGAAGAGUUGGCUAUGAUUUCAGCGCAACAGUACUAUAUUGAGUUUGGAGAAGAUAUUAAAACUGAAAAAUUAUUAUCUGUUUUGACUAAUUAUAUACCCGACCACUGCCUUCAAACAAAUGAUAAAAGUAUGGAAAAGUGGGCCAAUUUGAUCAUUGUUGCCAACAAAAAGAGUUAUUUCUAUAAGGAGAAGGUAUCGUAUUUGAAGAUUAAAGAAGACAUCGUAGAGUACGCCAAAUACAAAUGGCCGCUACUUUUCUCCCGAUUUUACGAAGCAUUCCGUGUGAACGGACCUAUUCUACCUAAAAAUGAUGUGAUUAUUGCUAUCAAUUGGACGGGAAUAUAUAUGGUCGACGAUCAGGAACAGGUUCUGCUGGAACUGUCAUUUGCAGAAAUUACAUCAGCUGUGAGUCAGAAGACAAACAGACCUUUUAUGCAAAAUUUUACUUUAAAUACCAUUAGAGGAGAAGAAUUUAUAUUUCAAUCGCCAAACUCUGAAGAUAUUUGUGAAUUGAUUUCAUUUUUCUUAAACGGUCUCAAAGAACGAUCUAAAUAUGUGAUUGCAUUACAAGAUUAUAGAGAAGAAGGACCGUCAGUAUUGUCCUUCAGUCAGGGAGACCUUAUGAUAUUAGACGGCUCUUACACUGGCGACUAUGCUCUUAAUAAUGCAUGGGUUACGGCUAAGUUAGAUAAAACAGGAGAAAAGGGAGAUAUUCCCACUGAAUGUGUUUAUGUAUUGCCGACCACAACAAAGCCGUCCCCUAAUAUUUUAUCGGUCUUUACUCACGACAAUCUCGAUGAGAAUAGUAGACAUCUUUUUAGUUAUCCACAGAUCAAUGGUUUUGAUGCACACGAAAAGCCACAUACAUUAGAGGAGUAUUCAAUCGAUCACUUUAGACCCCCGCCUAAGUAUACCCUUCCGCGGACACUAACAUUUUCUUCGGCUCGAAAACGAAAUGUCGAUCAAUUAUGGAGGCACUCGAGGGAACCCAUUAAACAACCGUUACUUAAAAAAUUGUUGAACAAAGAAGAUCUAAUACAAGAAAGUUGUUUUGCAUUUAAUGCAAUUCUUAAAUAUAUGGGAGAUCUUCCAUCACGACGUACCAGAAGUGGCAACGAUUUAACGGAUCAGAUAUUUGAAGGACCCCUAAAAUUUGAUAUUUUGAGAGAUGAAAUUUAUUGUCAAAUUAUGAAACAAUUGACUGAUAACAAGAAUAGACUAAGCGAAGAAAGGGGUUGGGAGUUGAUGUGGUUAUCCAGUGGACUGUUUGCUCCGAGUCAGACAUUGCUCAGGGAGUUAACACUUUUCUUAAGAACUCGUCGACACCCUAUAGCUAUUGAUUCACUGCAAAGAUUACAUAAAACUCUCAGAAAUGGUCAGCGAAAAUAUCCGCCGCAUUUGGUAGAAGUAGAAGCCAUUCAACACAAAACUACACAAAUCUUCCAUAAAGUUUACUUUCCCGACGAUACCGAUGAAGCCUUUGAAGUGGACUCAAGUACCAGAGCUAAAGAUUUUUGUCUCGAUAUAUCACAACGUCUUAACUUAAGGACUGCCGAAGGAUUUAGUCUUUUUGUCAAAAUAGCCGACAAAGUAAUCAGUGUUCCCGAAGCAGAUUUUUUCUUUGAUUUUGUUAGACAUCUGACCGAUUGGAUUAGGAAAGCCAGACCUUCAAGAGAUGGAUCUGUACCUCAGUUUACAUACCAAGUCUUCUUUAUGAAAAAGUUGUGGACGAAUACAGUUCCCGGAAAAGAUAGAAAUGCAGACCUUAUCUUCCAUUAUCAUCAGGAAUUACCAAAAUUAUUACGAGGAUAUCAUAAGUGUACCAAAGAAGAUGCCGCAAAAUUAGCCGCACUUAUACUACGUGUAAGAUUUGGGGAAAGUAAAGCUGAACUACAGGCCAUCCCUACAAUCCUACACGAGCUCAUACCGAUUGAUUUAAUCAAAACCCAGAAUCCUAAUGAAUGGAAAAAGGCAAUAAUGACAGCACAUAGUCAAGAGAAUGGUGUUAACUGUGAAAAUGCAAAAAUAUCUUUUCUUAAAUAUGUCUAUAAGUGGCCUACAUUUGGAUCAGCUUUUUUUGAAGUUAAGCAAAACGGUGACACAAAUUUUCCGGAACACCUUCUUAUAGCAAUCAACAAGAAUGGUGUUAGUCUUAUAGAUCCGGUUAGCAAAGAUAUACUGGUGACACAUCCAUUCACCAGAAUAUCCAAUUGGAGUAGUGGUAACACCUAUUUUCAUAUGACUAUCGGUAAUCUGGUUCGCGGAAGUAAACUGUUAUGUGAAACACCACUCGGCUAUAAAAUGGAUGAUUUAUUGACUUCAUAUAUAAGUCUAAUGCUAAGCAAUAUUAACAAACAAAAAAUUAUGACAAAUAGGAUUAAAUAA